CAAUAUUCUACAGAGCUAAAACAUUAGAGGACAAAGCAGUGUUGUUACAUUGUCGAUAGAUUGAUAUAUUCUAGUUGAGUCUUCAGUUUGAAUCAAUUUUUGAAAACUAGAAUUGUUUACUUAAAUUAUCAAAACGAUGACGUCACCAAUCGUAUUCUAUUACAUGGAUGCAAGCGCGCCAUCUCGAGCUAUUUGGAUGGUACUGGAACUUUUGGGAGUGAAGUACGAAGAACGAUACGUCAAUUUAAUUAAUAAAGAUCACAAAACAAAUUGGUAUGCAGAAAUAAAUCCCCGACAAAAAGUACCUGCAAUAGAAGAUAACGGUUUACGCUUAGCUGAAAGUCGAGCAAUAGCAACCUAUCUCAUCAAUCAGUAUGGAUCGGAAACUCAGAAGCAACAACUCUAUCCACCAGACCUCAGAGAAAGAGCCGUUAUUGAUCAGCACCUUUACGUGGGAGAACAUGUAUUUGAUGAAAUCAUGGGCCACGUUAAUGUUGGAGGCGUUUUGUUGUCGAAUGAACUAAUUAGACCUGAAAAAACUAGCAACGCAAAAUCAGCACUACGAAUAGUGGAGAAGUUACUAGAAAAGCAUACUUACACAGCAACUGAUCAUUUUUCAUUGGCAGAUAUAUUCUACUAUGUGGCAGUGCAUCUUUUGUCACUGACUGAUUUCAAUGAAUGGAACGAAUAUCCAAAUGUCGUCUCGUGGACAAAGAAAAUACAAGAGCUCCCAUACUACGAAAAAACGUGUGGCGAACCAGUGAAGAAUCUGCGUGUUGCUUACAAAGAAGCAUUAAAGAAAAACGCCAAUCUAUAAUUUCAUAUAUAUUUGACGUUUUAAAGAUCGUUUUUCAGAAUUCUGUCUGCAAUAUAUUAUAUAUCGUAUUGAAUAUAAUCUUUAAACAAGCAAAAAGAAUAUUAUAGUUCGGGUUAUAAAUAUCAACACUUGGUUAUACUGAAAAUAAAAGAAGUAGCAUUAGUAAUGAUACCAGCAUAAAUAAAAGCUUGUAUCGUAAUAUUUAUAUAUAUAUAUAAAGGUACUAUAUACAAAAAAAUGGGGCAAUGUUUGAAAAGUUGACAAUAUGAGGAAUUCGCAAUUGAAACUGACAUGUUAUGUAGUUGGCGACCUGCGUUGUAUAGAGUAGUGGUACACUUGAAAACAAAGCAGGCAUUUCAGAUUUUAAUUUUUCAACUUGUAUUUAUUUUUGUGAAUUUUAUUGUCAAUUUGAAAUUUUAUUUAUAUGUCUACACUCUCCAAUCAUUAAACAUGAAUUUUGUGCAUUUACUUUAUCUAAAGUUUCUUCUUGCAACUUGUCAUAAGUUCAUAACUCAUUCUGAGGGUUAUUCCAAAUUUGAGUAUCAAUAUAUUGCGCAUCUUCUCAACUAAAUCUUACCACAAUUUUCAAACGUAACAUGUAUUUAACAAUAAACAACAAAAUAUUUAAGUGAAGAAUUGUGAAAAAAUUUUUUUUCAAGAACAAAUAUGAUGUUUAUGAGACUGCAAUGUAACAAUAACAACAAUUCUAUUUAAGUUUUUUUACACUGAGAAUGAUAUAAAACAUAAUAAAUAAACUAAUAAUAACACAUUAA